GGGAAUUCAGGAAUAUUCGCCGUUUCAUUGAUGACAGUGACAUGAAAAUUGAAGCAUUUACAGUAACUUAUGAUGACACGUUGUUAAAGUAUAUCAGCAGUCAAUGUUCGCCUACCAAAGAACAAGCAAGCGUCUAUAAUGGCUAUGACGAUCGCCAUUUUGGUGCAGCGUCAACCAGAAAGCGUCAACUGAUGUAAAUCAACGGUCAUUUCGAGGCUUGGUCACUUUCAACAAGUUGUAUUUUGUUUUAAAUUUGAUGGAUAGAAAUACUGGACUUUUGAAUUGCAUUCCAAUCAUUUUGAGGUUUUAAAAAAAGAUUAUUUUCAAAAAAUAAUUUGUUUAAAAUGAAGUUGAAAAAAAUUCUUGAAAACAGUUUUUCUCUACAACCAAAAGAAGCAAAUCAAAAACUUGAAAUUUAUAAGUGUAAAUAUUGUGGUCAGACAUAUGCACGUCAUAUAACACGGAUGAGUAUACAUUUAUUAAAAUGCAGUGGAUGUCCAGCAGCCGUAAGAGAAUUAUUACAAGAAAAAGUUAAGGGAAAGAUUUUAGAGUCUUCUAAGCAGUUGUUCAAUAAAAAAGGACAAAUAAGAAAUCUGAAAAAAAUUUUAGAAGAGAAUUUUCAAAUGAUACCUAGAGAUGGGAGUCAAAAGUUGGACAUUUUUAAAUGUAAACAUUGUGAACAAAAGUAUGCACGUAAUGCUUCUCGGAUGAGUUUGCAUUUACAAAAAUGCUCUGAUUGCCCAGUGGAAGUUAAGGAAGCAUUAGAAGCUAAUGUUAGAGGAAAUAAUGCUCAUAAGGUAUCCAGAAGAUUGAUACCGAAAAAAGUAUUAGAAAGUAGUUUUAUUUUGCAGCCAAAGGAACCAAAUCAGAAACUGCAAACAUUCAAAUGUAAAUAUUGUGGCCAAGUUUAUGCAAGACAUUCAACACGUAUGAGUAUACAUUUACAAAAAUGUAUAGGUUGUCCUGGAUCAAUCAAAGACUCACUUAGUGAUAAAUCAAAAAGUAAAAGAGAUCAAAAGAAAAUUGAUAUAAAAAGGAGAAAUUCAGAGAGUGAAGAUUUAAUGAGUGAUGAGGAAAACAAUACUUCCAUAAUGCAAAUGUCAUCUGAUAAUAUAUAUUUUAAUGAAUCUGCAAAUGAAACAAAUUUUAUUGAUAGAAUGACAAAACAAAGACAAAGGUACUGUGAAGAACUUCUUGCUAAAGCUAUAUAUGCAUCCAAUACACCGAUCAGUAUUAUUGACAAUGAUCAUUGGAGAACAUUAUUAAAUACUUUGAGUCCUGCUUUUCAAUUGCCCACUCAACAUCAGCUCUCAACAACUUUAUUAGAAACAACAUAUGAAAGUGUUAAGAAAAGCAUUGAUCAAAAAGUUAGAGAUGCUAUUUCUCUUGGAUUACAAUGCAGUUAUAGGUCAAAUGCUAGGAAUGAAGGUAUUAUUCAAUUUGUGCUAACAACACCAGAUCCUGUAUUGUAUAAGUCAAUUUCUUUGUCUUCAAAUGCAGAAGAUGAGAAUUUAUACUUGGAAAAAAUAAGUGAAGUGAUUGAUGAAGUAGGAGCAGAAAGAGUUUUAGGUGUUUGUUUGGAUAGUUUAACAGCAUGUGAAAAUUUGUAUGAACUGUUGCAACAAAAAUAUGAAGAACAUAAUAUUGCUUUUUAUAAUUGCUCUUCUCAAACUCUUGACCGAUUGCUAUCAGUCAUAGAUGAUCGUGCUUCUGUAAUCACUCUUGUAAAAAAUGCUUCAGCUGUGAUCAAGGAAAUAAAACAGUUUGAUGUAAUAGCAUCUUUACUAAGUGAGGCUCAAAAAAGUGUUGCUGAAAAGAACCAAGAUAUUGUUAAACUAAAAGUACUAGGAAAUAAAAAGUGGAGUUCAUCAUUAAUUUGCCUGUAUGCACUGUAUGAAAUUAAAGAAAAUUUGCAACUUCUUGUCUCUUCUCCAAAAGUGGAGGGAUACAUAAACAAAGGUGUAAAAGAACUUAUUACCGAUGAAGAAUUUUGGUCAAAACUAAACAGUUAUACCAAACUUAUCAGGCCUAUUAUUAAAUGGAUUGUACACUUAAAUAUUGAAGAGGCUAAAAUUAGCGAAGUUCCCGAAGUUUUUGCUGAUUUAGAGCAACACUUUCUUACAGAAUUUCAAGAGUCAUCUCUCUUACUAAUGACAGUUGAAGAAUCUAAUAGAGUUCUUGAACGUUUCAAGACAUUGUCGUCUGCAGUUUUGCAACCCAUACACUUUGCAGCAAACAUUUUGAAUCCAUUACUUAAAGGUGAACAUUUGAGUUCUCCAGAGUUUGUGUUAGGAACUGAAAUGAUAAGUAAAUUGCCAUCUAAAUUUGGAAUGCCUGAAAAUGACGUACUUGUGGAUUUAGCAAAUUACAGUUCUGGAAAAGGAGUAUGGAGUGUAAAUUUUGUAAAAAGGUCUAUUACACUAAUGCCACCAUCAACUUGGUGGAAUGGUUUCUUCAAAAACUCUUUCUUAACUAAAAUAGCUGCUGCUAUAUUGGACUUACCGAGUACAUCUUUGGCACCAACAGAUAGAGUAGAGAAAAGAAUUUCUCUGAAAGAUGAUCCAACAGGAAAAAUUAUGUAUAUAAGUCAAAACCUUCGACUACUUGAUCCUAAAAGAACUGAGAAAAAUAAUAAAUGUCCAACAGAAGUUCAAGAAAAAAUUGAACAAGAACUGAUGAUGGAAGAUAUUGAAGGAUAUAAUGAAGAAAUGGAAGAAGUGCUUGUUGAAGAUCCAGAAGAAGUGAUGGAUGAAACUGAAGAAAUAACUGGUGACCCUGAUAGUACAGAUAUGCGUGAAGUUACUGGAGAUGAAGCAAAUGGAGAAGUGUAUAUUCAAAUUAUUGAUGGUACAGAUACCUUCUAUGUGGAAAAUGUGUUGUAAUUAGAUAAUCUUUGUUGAAUGAUUUUACAAAAAGGUGACUUAAAUGUCAUCUAUUAAUGAUAAUCUUGUAAUUGUAUGCACAUCAGUUAUAAUUGAAUACUAUUUUUAACUAAUUUAGUAUAUGUAACUGAUAAAAUGUAAAUCACACUUGUAAUAAAAUAAGUGUACG